CAAAACAACAACAAAGUGUUUACCUUUAAAAGUGUUAUCAGAAAAGUGAAGUGUUCAUAGAAUUUUGUAAACUAUUGUAUAAAUAGUGGAAUUUCACCUAUUUUAAUGUCCUGCAUGGUGCUCGCUACAUCACAAUGAACCCUAAACUAACGUGCCGUGUAUGUGCAAACAUUUCCUCGACGGAAGAAGACCUGCAAAAAUUUGAGUACGUUUCCGGCAUUUACUUUAGGCUGACUUCGCUGAUGCCAUCGGAGGCAAACCUACCAGAAGGAGCAUGUCGAGAUUGUUGCGAUAAGCUGUAUCUGUUCGACAGCUUCCGGAAUAUGUGCCUGGAGGCGUACGACCAACUCAGUCUAAAGGCCGUAUCGGUUGUUGACCUAAAGCACAUCAAGAGCGAGAUCGAGCAUCAGGUGCCCCAUGAAUCGGAACCAAACGCGCCAAAUCCGGCCGAAGUACUGCAGCUAAAAGUGGAGACAUUCGAGGCGGGUUUGGCGGAACCCUUGGAUGCUGAGUCAGCUGACGAACAAGAUGAUGAUGAGGACGAAGAUGAUGAUGAUGAUAACGUUGAGCAAAAGGCGAAAGCAACGAAAUCAAAAGGCCCCAAGUCGAGUACCAAAUCAGCGUCGAAGGAGAAGAAAUCCAAAGAUUCGAAGUAUAGUAAAAUCCAUUGCGAUCAAUGCCCCAAGUUCUUCUACAACGAGGAACGCUAUCAAGCGCACAUGCGAGUGCACCAGGGUCUGAAACCGGCCACCUGCGAACAAUGCAACCGGGAGUUUGCCAAGUUUACCUACUUGAAGGUACACAUGGAAAUGAUGCACUCGGAGGACAAGCAGAAGAUCUUGUGCGACUUCCCGGACUGUGGACGCUCGUUUGCCACGUUGGCCGGCAUGGUGUCCCACAAGAAUGUCAAACAUCUGGGGAAAGUGGUUCCCAAGCAGGAGCACGUGUGCGAGUACUGCGGCAAGGUGUUCGGUAGCUUUUCGAUGUUGAAACUACACCGGGAUAAACACCACGAAGGCAUCCGAAAGCACACGUGUUCCGUUUGUGGGAAGUCACACGACAGCCGGCACAAGCUGAAGUUCCACAUGCUGCGACAUGAAGGAAUAAAGCAGUAUACUUGUCACAUUUGCGGAGCAAAGAAGACCACACCCACGGAGUUGAAAAUUCAUGUCAACCGUCAUACCCGCGAGAAGAAGUAUCCCUGCGGGCAGUGUGAUGCCGUUUUUCUCAGCACAGGAAACAAAAGUCGCCACGUGCGGCUCGUCCACCAGGGCAUCAAAAACUUCAAGUGCACCUACUGCGACCGGGCCUUUGGCAAGGCGGAAACCCUCAAGCAUCACGUGAUGAUCCAUACCGGUGAGAAACCGCACGAGUGUCAACUGUGCGGCAAACGGUUCAUCCAGCUGGUAGCUUUGCAGACGCACAUGAAAACGCAUAAUAAACACAUGCGGACGGCGGCCGAUUCGUGAAUGAGUUGGUCAAGAAAGUGUGGAA